AUGGCCACAAUUGAAAAAUUGAUCGAGAAAUUAACAAGUGGAAUUGAUUACACUUUUUUGACAGAUUUUUUCCUAACAUACCGAAAAUUUCUUACUCCAAUAAAGUUAUGCAAAUUAUUGAUCUUAAGAUUCGAUUGGGCACUUGGUGGUGACGAUGAAGAGAGAAGGAUUGUAAGAGUCAGGACUUUUGUAGCUAUACGUCACUGGCUUUUAAAUUAUUUUGCUUAUGAUUUUAUUCCAUGUCGCGCUUUACGAACAACACUGACAAAAUAUCUAAAUAGCCUUCCUUCACAUCCGUUAGUGAAAAGUUCUCCACGUGAUCAAAGGAUAGUACAGGGAUUAAAGAGGGUUAUAAGGAGGUUAAAGAGAAUGUAUUACCGGAAGAGUGCCAUGGACUUUGCGAAAAAAAGGGGUGAUAUGUACAGCAUUGGUAUGAAAAAAUUGAGUGGAAGGAACAAUGAAAUAUUUCAUAAGACUAUAAAUCAGGAGCAACUGGAAGACUCAAUUAAUAUUGCUGUCUCGUAUGACAGUAGUAAUUAUUACACUAUAACUCAAAAACAAUCCAAUUUAUUGCGACAUCAAUCGUCGUCGUCAUCUCUGGAUUCAACAAUUACUCCAGGAACAACCGAUUCAGAAUCUGAGGCAAUUGAUUCUUAUACACCUAAUAUUAGUGGUGUAACUCGUAAAGAAACUCAUCAGAACAUUAUAUACUCUAGUAGUAGUAAUUCACAUACUAGCGAUGAGGAUCAAACUGAUGAGUUAUAUGGCCCAAAGCGGCCAAAAUAUUCCAGCGAAUUAGGUGAUGACUUAUAUAUGGAAAGUAACGUUCAUGAAGAUGAAGAUGAUGGUGCUGGCGUGAGCAGAAAAAAAGUUCAGCGAACAUCUAUGCCAGAACCUUUAGCAAUUCCAAUAGAUCAAUUAAAACAUUCAAAAAGAAAAACAGAUAAUAGUAAGAAAAGAAGUAAUUCAAUGGGGGACAUGUCACAAAGGAAAUUAGAUAUAUUUAAUCAUUUAGGCGAUACAAUAAAUGAGAAUGAAAAUCCUUUAGUUAUUAAGGAACCUCCACCACUUCCACCACGACGCAGAAGGCAUACACUCGAUGUUUCAUCUGCAUCGCCUUCAUUUUUUAAAAGCGGAUUGUUAAAAACAAAUUUUCCUUUGAAAAGACCUAAAAAGUCUGCUUUGCAAGAAAAAAUUGUGGAUACUUCGCUACCUAGUUCUCGUGGAAUUGCAAGAAGAAAUUCAUCACCUGCAUUCAUUGGUUCAGCUUCUUCAAAAACAGGAAAUCAACUUCCAGGUCAAGAACAGGUUGUUCGUCGACCUUCUGCCCGUUCCUCAUGGCCUCGGAAGAUGUCAAUCACGGUAGGGAAAUUUGCUAAAGGAUUAUUUAUUGGUGAGAAAAAUAAAGGAUCUACUCAGUCAGGAACAUUGACCAAGUGUGGUGGCAUACAAGGUGAUUUUCGGACAAUGCGAUUCGGUAGGCUUAGCAUGCUAUGUGCAACAUCAUCGAGUUCUGCUAGUACCGAGGAGAUUGACUCCGAUCUAUCGUUUGGAGAUGACGUUAAUCCAAAAAUUUUUAAUGGAGAUGAAUAUAACAUUCAUGUUGAUGGAUUUUCUUACGUGGAUGAGUCUGUCGAAGAUGAAUAUUAUGACACAUCUCAUCCUGAAGAAUUUGAAAUAACAGAACAGUGGUAUGAACAGCAAAGUACACAAGAUGACACUAAUUUUGAAAGCUUAACAUCAUCACCAAUUGAUUCGCAUCCUACAAUUUCCACCUUUUCUCAAGAUAAACAAAGCGAUGAUGAUGAUAUACUUCAACAAGAUUAUGAAGAGUCACGUAACAAUCGUCAGACAGCCCGAGCUACGCGUAGGAGGGCAAAAAUGUGGCAUUUAGUUCCAGUGAUGGAAGUUGAGGACGAUAUUGAUCUACCCCCCCAAUCAUCAGAGACUGACACUUAUCUUGUAUCACAAUCAAGCGGAUCACAAAAGGAUGAUGAUCUACAACCAGUUCGAAAACAAAGCUAUCUUGAAAGCGUUUCGGAAGUCGAAGAGGGUGGCGAUACUGAUCCAAACAUUUCUCCCCAGCAAUCUUUCGAACAAGAAUAUGAGGAUGAGUUUUAUGAAGAAGAACCAGGUGAUCACCAUAAUAUUCGUGCUCUUCAUCAUCGACUUCGUCGACUUCCUGAAGUACGCGAUUUACGUUCAGUUACCAACCUCAAAGAUUUAGAUGAAAAAUCCGGCAAGCGCGUCUCUUGGGGAACUUCUUCUUACGGAGUUGAAGGUAGUGGCGCUGCAACAGACUCUGCACCUGAUUCCUUGAUGUCUCUUUCACAAUCAACAUCAAAGACAGCACCAUUGUCAAAGCGUAAAGGGCCCACCAAGGACGGAUCACAAGAAAUUGGAGGCCAUCAGCGAAACAGACACACCGCUUCUAGGCCAUCUUCUAAAAACUCAGCAGAAGCAAUAACUUUUGAGAAAGACAUCAAUAUUAGUAGAGGUGGUAGUGUUUCACGUCCUAAAAGGUCAAAACAUACGACGAUUCACACGCAUCACGCUGCAACCACCGAACCAAGUAUUAGUCAAGGACCAACAUCAUCUUUUUCAUCAACAGCUCCAAGUUCCCGACAGCAUCCAUACAAAUCUUUUAUACUGUCGUACAGAUCAGAAGCUAUUGCAAAACAAUUUAGCUUAAUUGAAAGAGAUCUUCUUAUGAAAGUCCGGUGGGAAGAAUUGGUUCAAGUUAGUUGGGCUAAUGGUGAUAAAAACAAAAGCAAUAAUAAUAGUGACAUUGAGAAAGAUUCCAAUACUCAAGAUAUUAGAAAAGAGACAAAAAAUGACAAAGGAAAGCGUAAAGAAGUUGAAUCUGAAACAGAUGAAGAAAAGGUUUAUGUAAAGCCAAUAAAAGAUGGAGGAGUGGACAAGGUUAUUGAAAGAUUUAAUCAGACAAUUGAUUGGGUCGCCACUGAAAUUAUACUCACACACUCUUUGGAAGAUCGAGUGAGAGUGAUUGAAAACUAUCAACAAUGUACUAUAAUUCUUAUUUUUGAAAAGAAAUGCCUACAACUUUCAAACUUUGCAACAUUAAAUCAAAUUCUCCUUGGAUUACAAUCUCCGCCAGUUGAACGUCUUCGUCGAACUUGGCUUCGUGUUCGCGUGGCAGAAAGACGUAUCCUUAAAGAAUUAAAUGAUUAUAUAUCGCCUUUUGAUAAUUGGAAGAUAGUGAGAGAUGCUAUGCGCCAAAUCGUAGAAGAUUCCUCGGUGAUAAAAGACACAACUAAACAGCGACGAAGGCGUAGUUCUGACGUAAAAAAAGCAAAUACCGGAUGCAUUCCCUUUUUAGCUCUAUAUUUAUCUGAUUUAGUUUUUAAUGCAGCCUUACCAUCAUUUAUUGAACCGGCUUCACAACCCCCAUCAUUGUUCUAUACCUCAACCCACCUUUCUCAACAACCACUUGUUAAUUUUCAAAAACAUCGAACUACAGCUGCAAUUAUCAAACGUGUAAUUGCGUUUCAAAGUCUAGCGUGUGGAUACACAUUUCCGAUUGAUGCAGAUCUUUACACUAAAUGUGCGAAUCUUAAAGCAGUUGAGGCUACAAGAUUGGUG